CUACAAGGAAACUCCCAACUACUCACGUGCUACAUUUCCCAUUGCCCGAAGGAGGAGGAAUUAAGAAAUGGUGGGCGGAAAAUGGUGGUGCUUCGACAAUCGGAGUUCCGGUGGCGAUGUGGCUGAUCUUAACCCGAUACUUCUGGUGAGUGGCGUUGGUGGGACUAUUCUGAAUUCGAAGCCAAAGAGCUGGUUCGGGGUCACGACCCGUGUUUGGGUCCGUAUUCUUCUUGCUGAUUUGGAGUUCCGAAAGAGAGUCUGGUCCCUCUACAAUCCCGACACUGGCUACACUGAAGUGUUGGAUGAUAGUUCUGAUAUUGUGGUUCCACAAGAUGAUUAUGGACUAUAUGCCAUUGAUAUUUUGGAUCCUUCAUAUUGGAUAAAAUGUUUACACGUGACAGAUGUAUACCACUUCCAUGACAUGAUCGAUAUGCUUAUUAAAUGUGGAUACAAGAAAGGAAGCACUUUAUUUGGAUAUGGAUACGACUUCCGACAAAGCAAUAGAAUUGAGCAGUCGAUGGAUGGCCUCAAGGAAAAGCUAGAGACUGCAUAUAAAGCUUCCGGGGGUAAAAAAGUCAACCUAAUAUCACACUCGAUGGGUGGAUUGCUAGUAUCAUGUUUCAUAUCACUCCAUUCUGAUGUCUUUGCCAAGUAUGUGAAUAAGUGGAUAACCAUCGCAACCCCUUUCCAAGGUGCACCAGGAUGCAUCAAUGAUUCUCUGUUAACCGGAUUACAGUUUGUGGAGGGACUUGAAAGCUAUUUCUUUGUGUCAAGGUGGUCAAUGCAUCAACUGUUGGUGGAAUGCCCAUCAAUAUACGAGAUGCUCCCAAAUCCCGAGUUCCAAUGGAAAAAACAACCUGAAAUUGUUGUGUGGAGAAACCGUUCAGAAAACGGACAAGAUUCAGCCAAACUGGAAACUUAUGACACAUCUGGUUGUGUGGGGCUGUUUGAAGAAGCAUUGAAGGGCAAUGAGAUAGAGUACAACAAGAAGACGAUACCUUUGCCAUUCAAUUCUUCCAUCUAUAAAUGGGCAGCCACUACACGCAAGAUGCUAAACAGUGUGCAGCUUCCCGAAGGGGUUGAUUUUUAUAACAUUUAUGGAACAUCACUGGAUACCCCUUUUGAUGUUUGUUAUGGAUCGGAAACUGAUCCAAUCAAUGACCCAUCUGAGAUAUGCCACACAUCACCUGAAUACUCAUAUGUGGAUGGAGACGCUACAGUUCCCGCUGAGUCAGCAAUGGCAGAUGGAUUUCCAGCAAUAGAAAGGGUGGGGAUCCCUGGUGCUCAUCGGGGACUAUUAAGAGAUGAAACUGUAUUUGAAUACAUACGCAAGUGGUUGGGACUCCAACAACAGAGCAACACUACACGUGUUAAUGUUAAAACCUCCAAAGUUGUUGAUGUUGGUUUGGGUUGAAGCUUUUGGUUCAUGGUUAAUAAUGAUAUAUAUAGUUGUGUUGUAUCUUAACUUAGCAAUUCAUGAUGCCAAGUUAUUGCCAAUGUGGAUAAUUAGAAAUUACUUUUUUAGUUCUUGUAUGUAAUCAAAACUUUCUACUUUGGUGGCCA